AAUCACAGCAACAACAAGAAAAAAAGAGCCACAAGAAAAUUUACAAAAAUGGCUCUUGCCAUUGCUUCUGCUCUCACUUCCACACUCGCUUUAUCCACUAGCAGAGUGGAAAGAGGACGAGCAUCGUUCUGGUCACGCGCCGGGGGAAGGAGAACCGAGCGCGUUGUGGUGGUUCGUGCGGGCAAAGAAGUUUCUAGCGUCUGUGAACCACUUCCUCCGGACCGUCCUCUGUGGUUCCCCGGUAGCUCUCCACCUGAAUGGCUCGAUGGCAGCCUUCCUGGUGAUUUCGGUUUCGAUCCACUCGGUUUAGGGUCGGACCCGGACCUCCUCAAAUGGUUUGCACAAGCUGAGCUCGUACAUAGCCGGUGGGCCAUGCUGGCCGUAACCGGAAUCUUAAUACCGGAAUGUCUAGAGCGGUUAGGUUUCAUCGAGAAUUACUCAUGGUACGACGCAGGGUCUCGUGAGUAUUUCGCGGACUCCACUACGCUGUUUCUGGCCCAAUUAGUGUUAAUGGGGUGGGCUGAAGGUAGAAGAUGGGCUGAUUUGAUUAAACCGGGAUCUGUGGACAUAGAGCCCAAGUAUCCGCACAAGGUGAAUCCUAAACCAGAUGUUGGUUACCCGGGAGGUUUAUGGUUCGAUCCGAUGAUGUGGGGCAGAGGAUCUCCUGAACCGGUGAUGGUCUUGAGGACUAAAGAGAUUAAAAACGGACGGCUGGCGAUGCUUGCCUUCGUUGGGUUCUGCUUCCAAGCUAGAUACAGUACUAGUCAAGAUCCAAUCGAGAAUCUCAUGGCUCAUCUCGCUGAUCCUGGUCACUGCAACGUCUUCUCGGCAUUUACAUCACAUUGAUGUGGAUUAUUAUGCGGCGGAUAUAAAAUUGUUAUGGCUAUCAUCGAUGUAGAACUUUUGUAUAUAGUAUCACUUUUCAUUAUUACGUUAUAUUAUGCAAUCCAUAAUUUGAAGAUGAAUUGAUUGUAAAUUUUCCAGUAUGAGAUUCAUAACACACGUUUUCAUGGUCGAUUGUUAAAUGCGUUAAGAAAUGCUAGUUUCGGA